ACUUCAGCUCUAGGGCAAACCAACUCUUUAUAAAAGACAAACCACUUCACUUCGUUUUCGUGUCUCAGAAAGUUCCCAUGCCUCGCUUUCUGUUUCUCUCCUGAGCUUUGGCUCCCUUUCUUCUUCUGUUAAGCAGAGCCGCCAGUCCUCAUCGUCUUAACUGGCACUUGGCGGGCGAUAUGGCCGUGGUAGCUCGUAUCAGACUCCCCGAAUUCGGGGCCCCGGAGAUCGUGCCGAGCGUUCGCGGGGUUGCAUCUGAACCGGCGACGCCGGUGUACGAACACAAGAUUUAUGUCGCGGUCGGGAAGGAUGCGAAAGAGAACAAAGCGAAGAUUGCUUGGACGGUGCACCAAUCAGGAAGAGACUUCAAGAUCUGUAUCAUUCAUGUUCUGGUUAGAUCACGGAGGAUCCCCAUGGGAGGCCUGGGUGCCGGACUCCCCGCAAGCUCGACAAACGAGAUAAGGUUGAGUGAACACAGAGAAAACGAGAAGAUAAACAUGGAUAAAAUCUUGGACAACUGCCUGCUCGUUUGUAAACAGAUGGGGGUACGAGCGGAAAAAGAAUACAUAGAAUCGGACAGCGUCGAAAAGGGGAUCGUGGAGCUCAUUGAUCUGCACGGGAUCAGAAAGCUUGUGAUCGGUGCGGCAGCAGACAGGCGCUAUUUCAGGAGGAUGACCGAAAUCAGGUCCGACAAAGCCAUCUUCGUUCGCGAUAAAGCGCACAUCUCUUGUCACAUUUGGUUUAUCUGCGAUGGCCACCUUAUUCACACAAGGGAAGCUCGGACGGUUCCAGCAGUUGCAGAAGUUCCUACUAAUGCGCCAUCGCCGACGACACCAACCCCUGGAGCCGGGAUGUCAGUUCUCUCAAAGUCAAAAUCCACCACGCUGAAGAGGAGUAGCACGACGAAGUUGAGCAAUCCAUUUCAAGACAUGGUGAAAAGAACCUUCUCUUGGAACACCGACCAACGUGCGGUGAUGCGAAUAGCUUCUCCUUCUUCCUCGGAUAGCUCUCCAGAGCAGCCCAAUUCAGCAAGCAUAAUGCCGGCAAGGCAAGACACUUUCCAAGAACUCGAAUCAGCUUUGACGAGUCUUUCCCAACGUCCGCAGUCGAUGCAGUCGGUCUAUCAUACCAGCCAGUCAUCAAUUUCCAACACUCAGGAUAUGAAUGAUGCGCGAGAAGAUGAAGAGCUUGAGGAGGGAGCGACGACUUGUGCUGAAGCGGAAGUAGAUAUCACCGAAGGCUGGCCAAAGGAUCCCGGAAAGAGAUUAUAUGCUGAGCAGUUGGAGGAAGAACUUGAGAAGUUGAAGGAUCAACGAGACAAAUUGAUGGAAGAACUUCACAUUGCUCAGGCCCGGAAAUCGCAGCUCGAGAACCAAUUUGUGGAGUCCGACCAGAGCAGAAAGGAGUUGGAGCUGAAAAUCAUUGAGAGCGACGAAAUGUUGCGGACUUUUAGACAAGAGCGAGAGCUGCUGCGGAUCGACCUUGAUAACGCACGGGAAAAGGCCGAGGAGGUGAGCAGAAGAAGCAAAGGAGAUUCCUCGGGCACAAAGUACUUCUCUGAGUUCUCCAUGACCGAAAUCACGGAAGCUGCGCAGAACUUCCAUGAAUCCUUGAAGAUCGGAGAAGGCGGUUCUGGGAGCGUGUAUAGAGGCUUCCUUCGACAUACGCGAGUGGCUAUAAAGAUCAUGAAAUUUCCUGGAAUGCAAGGUUCAAAAGAAUUUCAACAGGAGGUGGAUGUGCUGAGCAAGGUGAGGCAUCCUCAUCUCAUCACGCUAAUCGGCGCUUGUCCCAAGCCGUGCACUCUUGUUUACGAAUAUAUACCAAACGGUAGCCUCGAAGACUGGCUCCGCAGCAGGGACAAGGCGAAGCAACUGCCGUGGCAAGCCCGCAUACGCAUCGCCAAGGAGCUCUGCUCCGUCCUGGCCUUCCUCCACUCUUACAAGCCUCACAGCAUCGUCCACGGGGAUGUCAAACCGGGGAACAUCCUACUGGACGAGCAUCUCAUGAGCAAGCUCAGUGAUUUCGGCAUCUGCCGACUGCUGUCUGGCGGCCAGCGCUCGAUCAACAACACCACCGUAGCGUACCCGACCGACCCGAAAGGGUCGUUCGGGUACAUGGACCCCGAGUUCCUCGUCACGCGAGAGCUGACCACGAAGUUCGACGUUUAUUCUUUCGGUAUUAUACUGCUUGAGCUUUUGACGAGGAGGCCCCCCUUAGGAAUAGCGAAUGUAGUGCAAAGGGCAAUUAGCACAGGGACUUUGGACGCCAUCUUGGAUCCUUUGGCUGGAGAGUGGCCCUAUAUGCUGGCUGAGAAGUUGACUCGGUUGGCUUUGAGGUGCUGCGAGAUUAGCAGAAAGAAUAGGCCGGAUCUCCGGUCAGAAGUGUGGACGGAGCUCGAAUCGGUCGCCGCUUCCUAUCGAUAGACCAAGACUUCUGAAUAUUCAGUAUUGAGCGAUAUACAUGUUCGGACGUGUACUUUACUUCAUGUAAAUUAAAUUUCCAGGUCAUGUGUGGCGGUCGUCGGUGUGUGCCGGCCAGUUUGUGUGCAUGUACAUGCAUAGGUUUUUCGCUUCGUCAUGUGUUGAGCUAUCUUGUUGAAAGUUCUUUCUGUAUAUACCCACCAUUGCUCUUAUGAAUAGAUUUUUGCUGUGCAUUAA